AUAGAAUCGACAGCGUGAAGGGGCCGCGUAUAAAUGGGAUAAAUCGUUCGGGUCUGUUUGGUCUAUUUUUGUAAAAAUAACUUUAGAAUUAUCCUUCAGAUCUGUUAGAUCUCAUCGCGAUUAUCCGUCCCACGAGAUUUAAUCGGUGGAGCGAUCAGAAUGACGGAAAAAUUGCCCGAGGAGGUGACCAAGAUGAGCUUUCGCCGGAAAAUAUGGGAUUACAUGUCGAAGAAUGAAUUGGUGAACUUUCCCAUUAGCAUACACAAGCGUAUUCCAAACUUCAAGGGCGCUGCAGAGGCGGCGCAGCGAUUGGCUGAAUUGGAUGAGUUUAAGAAAGCAAAGACGAUAAAGAUAAAUCCAGAUAAACCGCAGGAACCAGUGAGAUUCUUGUCCCUGGAGGCUAACAAAGAGAUCAUCGUGCCCAUUCCCAGAUUGAGAUCUGGCUUGUUUCUACAUGUUACGCCUGUCGCUGGUGCGAUAAAAGAACAGUUAAAAACAUUGGCUUCCAGGCACGGCUUGGAGCAAGCUGGCAAACCACUGGGGCUCAAUUCCCACAUUAAGGUAGAUCUUAUUGUACUGGGAUCUGUAUGUGUCAGCCAGGACGGAUAUAGGCUCGGCAAGGGCGAGGGUUUCGCGGAUCUCGAGUUCGCGGUGAUGAUGAGAAUGGGCGCGAUAACGGAGAACACGACCGUUAUCACGACCGUGCACGACUGUCAGAUCGUGGAUCACCUGCCCCCGCAGUUGUUCAAAGAGUACGACGUGCCGGUGGACAUAAUCGUCACACCGACACAGACGAUAUUUGUCGAGCCGAGAAAGAAGAAGCCGUCCGGCAUUUUGUGGCGGAUGCUCAGUGAAAGAAGACUUAAAACCAUGCAGGUAUUACAGCAGCUCAAAGAGAUGGAUGAGAAAGAAGGCAGGGACGUGGUACUGAAAGAGGUCGAUUCCGACGUAGAGACGCGUCAGUAUAUUAAAAACCGUCUGAAAUAUCCACGAAACAAGAAGCGUCCCGGCGCGAAGAAGGAUGCGUCCGGUACGAAGAAUUUCACUACGGAGGAUGGAACGAACGAUAAGACUGAUAAUAAGCCGCGUUUUACGCGAAGACGUUCGUACAAAAAGGCGAAAGUCGAGGAAGAGAGCAAUUUUCCGGGUGCCGAAACGAAAACGGAAGGUAACGCUAAAGGUGCGUCUCGUCUGGCUCGUAAGAAUCCACGCACCAGAACGAAGGCGCACAUCGACUUCUCGUUGAAACUGUCGAACAUCUCGUCCGGCGUCCGGGUCCGCGAAUUGAAGAAUGCUCUGCUGGAGCGCGGCGUCAAACCGAGCGAGAUUACUUGGCAGGGUUAUCGCGGUAUUUGUUAUCUUCACUUCACUAAGCUGAGAAGCGAGACCGGAUCUCUACUGGAUCAGCCGCUUCAGAUGGACUCGAUCGUGGCGAACUUGCAGCAGCUGCGAAUCGGCGAGUCCGGCGCAAACGACGACGACGAGGAGGUGGAGGGCUUUAUACGCGUGGAGCCGGCAAAACCGAUCUCCAGAAUCGAGGUAACCGACGUGACCGCGGUUUAAACGGAUAUUAUAUAUUGGAAAGUAACUAAAGCAAAUUGUGCGAUAGUUGAUCGUGAAUGUGUUCGGUCAUUUUUUUGACGUCGAACUAAUCGGGUAUCUUGCAGAGUUUAUUUUUUCUAAGACAAAUUUUUUACACAGUUACGCGUGCAGUAUGUCUCGGAUAAGACGAGUGUUUUCCGUUAGUUAGCGAGUUCUCAGAUGAGUUUUCAGAACUUUUUUCUUCGGUGAAUUCGGAAAUUGACAAUUUCGAAUUUUUUUCUAUCUUUGCGAUCAAAUAUGCGUUACACGCGAGUCUGUUUGAAUUAUUGAACGAAACGAGGAGGAAUCCUCAUUCGUCCGUCGAUUUGUACAUAUUGUAACGACGCCGUAACGUAUCAGGAAUGUCGAUGAUACAUUUUUUGGUCAAGAGAACUUGAUUCUGAAUUUGCAAGAAAGUUUUGGCAAGUUUUGCCAGAAAUCGCUUGAUCGCCGAGACGUACUGCACAUAUUUUUCUUCUACUUUAUAUGAUAGAUACCAGCUUCGCCGCUCUAAAUAUAUGCAAGACGAAUGUCCUAAUUAGUGGCAAGAUAAUCUUCUUUGCGUGGAAAUAAGUGAAGUGAUCAGUAAUACACGUAUUUUAAGCUUAAGCAUGUAAAAUUAAUUUUACUUAAAAGUUUGAACAUUUCGAGUUCUAAACGUAUUGUAUUUUUUGCUUGCAAAAUAUUCUAUAAUCUUUUUUUCUUUGAUCGACAAUACGUUUCAAUUGCUUGAGGUCAAAGAAUACCUACAAAAAGUAUCAAAUAAAUGCCUUAUAUUAACGGUCAACUUAUAAGAUGAUUAUAAGAUGGUUAACUACUCGGUCGUCGUUAGCAGCAUGCUUAUAAUUAUAUUUUAGCAUUCAUUAUGGCUUUUAUUUUCACUUGAAGUUUGUUUCAUAACAAAUAAUACAUAAAAUUAAGAAUAACAUAUUUUUUUUCGAUAAAUAUAUAACUGUAUUAUCUAACUUAUGAUUAAGGAAGAGAUAUUAUUGUCACAAAUUGAGACAUUGUCACUAAUUACGACAUUUAUUUUACCUUGUGCUAACAAUUAGAAGUACGUUUCUUUUUAAUAAUUAUUUUAUAUGUUACUGUUACUUCGCUUAGAUCUAUAUUGCAGUUGUACUUGUGAAUUAAUUUGUGGUGAAUUAAGCCGCGUUGAUAGCGACGAUCUGAAAGUCGAUUCGGACUGGUUCGGAUUUGAUGCAGUGCGAAUAUAUAUUAAUAUCAAUAUAUGGUUGUUACUAUUAACACAGAGAGAGAGAGAGAGAGAGAGAGAAAGAGAGAGAGAGAGAGAGAGAGAGAGAAGGAAAGAGACCGUGUAUUUUUGGCGAACGAUUUUAUUUAUGUCACUUCCACAUCAAUAAUAAGCCAUGACACUGUUACGUCAGGGAGAAAA